AUGCUCUGCUGUUUCUCGAGCGCGCCGGCCGCCGUGCUCCUCGCCCCGUACGACAGGAGUGUGGCCGUCGUGUGGGCGGUGAGUGGCGACGCAUACACGGUGCGGUACUGCUACGACGGCGAGCUCGAGGAGCGGCUCGACCGCGGCCUGCUCUCGGCCUGGCGGCCGGACAGUGGCGCCAAGCGGCUCACCCUCGACGAGCUGAUGAUCCAGGACCGGCUCGGAGAGGGGACACAGAGCGAGUCGGCAGCCUCCCGCCGGCACUGCGCUCGCGGCCCUCGCAUGCACGCGGCGCUCCGAGCUGCCGCAUCCCCCACCCUCGCCUCCCCGGCCCCUUUUGUUUCGCCAGGCUACUUGCCCGGCGGCGCGCCUGUGGCGGUCAAGCUGGGGCUGAAGCGGGGCGCAAUCUCGCGCGAGGCGGCGGUCCUCUCCGCCCUCUCGGGCCGCGUCGGCUUCCCCCUCCUCCUCCACCACGAGCACGAGGGGUUCGUGCACAACGACCUCAAGCCCGCCAACGUGCUGCUCGGGUCGGGCGCCGAGCUGCAGCCAAAGCCGCUGCACCUGAUCGACUUUGGGUCGUGCACUCGGGCCAACGGACGGCGGGGCACGGGCUGCGUCAAGGACACGCCCGCACGACGCCGCGAGCUGAUGCGGCCGGUGGACGACGUGGAGAGCCUCGCUUACGCCCUCGCUUUCCUCGGGGCGGGCGGCCUACCGCUUUGCGCCUUGGGUGCCGUGCCAGCCCCCGCCUUGUUUGGGUGUGGAGGCAAGCCCGACGAGAUCGUGCUCGGCAUGAAGCGCGAGCUGAUGGCCGGCGCCCUCGGCCGCUCCUCCAUCACGGACGCCCUCCGCAGCGACGCCGACGCGGCGGCCCUCGAGGCGCUGUGGGCCGAGCCAGAGGCGGAGGAGGGGAGCGGCGCCGGAGUGCGGUUGGUGCAGCCUCCCGCCUGGGCGCUGCGGAGCCCGGUGGGCAUCUGGGGACGUCCCUAG